UUGGAGCCUUAGGAGCCCUCGGGUCCGGCGGCAGCGGUCGCGGCGGGGGCGGCAGCGGGCCUCAGGCUCGGCCGCAAUGCUCAGUUCCCGGGCUGGGGCGGCGAUGACCGCAGCUGACAGGGCCAUCCAGCGCUUCUUGCGGACCGGGGCCGCAGUCAGAUCCAAGGUCAUGAGGAACUGGGGCGUUCUGGGCGGCAUCGCCGCGGCCCUCGCGGCGGGCAUCUACGUCAUCUGGGGGCCGGUGACGGAGAGGAAGAAGCGCAGGAAAGGGCUCGUGCCAGGCCUGGUCAAUCUGGGGAACACCUGCUUCAUGAACUCCCUGCUGCAAGGCUUAUCUGCCUGCCCCGCCUUCAUCAAGUGGCUGGAGGAGUUCACCACCCAGUACACCAGGGAGCAGGAGGAGCCGCCCCCGCACCAGUACCUGUCCCUGACCCUGCUGCGCCUGCUGAAAGCUCUGUCCGGCCAGGAAGUUACUGACGAUGAGGUCCUGGAUGCAAGCUGCCUGCUGGAUGUCCUUAGAAUGUACAGGUGGCAGAUCUCUUCCUUUGAAGAACAGGAUGCGCACGAGUUAUUCCACGUCAUCACGUCGUCGCUGGAAGACGAGCGGGACCGCCAGCCGCGGGUCACACACUUGUUCGACGUGCUUUCCCUGGAGCAGCCGUCAGAUGCGACUCCUAAACGAAUCACCUGCCGCACGAGAGGGUCGCCUCACCCCUCGGCCCCACACUGGAAGUCUCAGCACCCCUUCCACGGACGGCUCACGAGUAACAUGGUCUGCAAACACUGUGAGCACCAGAGUCCUGUUCGAUUUGAUACCUUUGAUAGCCUCUCACUAAGCAUUCCUGCUGCCACGUGGGGGCAUCCGCUGACCCUGGACCACUGCCUUCACCACUUCAUCUCGUCCGAAUCCGUGCGCGAUGUCGUGUGCGACAACUGUACCAGGCUCGAAGCCAAGGGCACGCUGGACGGGGCAGAGGUGGAGCACCAGAGGACCACGUUCGUCAAGCAGCUGAAACUCGGGAAGCUGCCCCAGUGUCUGUGCAUCCACCUGCAGCGGCUGAGCUGGUCCAGCCACGGGACGCCUCUGAAGCGGCACGAGCACGUGCAGUUCAAUGAGUUCCUGAUGAUGGACAUCUACAAGUACCGCCUCCUGGGCCACAAGGCCCGCCAGCACAAGCCUGAGCACACCGAGAGCCCGGGGCCCGUGCUGGACCUGCCCGGCCCCAAAGCAGUUCUCAGUCCGCCAGGGGUCCCCAAAACACAAGUGUUCCUGAACGGCGCCUGCACCCCAGCUUUGCUGCCGCCGCUGCCCACCCCGAUGCCCUUCCCGCUCCCCGUCAUUCCUGACUACAGCUCCUCCACGUACCUCUUCCGGCUGAUGGCAGUGGUUGUCCACCACGGGGACAUGCACUCCGGACACUUCGUCACUUACCGACGGUCCCCACCUUCGGCCAAGAACCCCCUGGCGACCAGCAGCCAGUGGCUGUGGGUGUCGGACGACACGGUGCGCAAGGCCAGCCUGCAGGAGGUGCUGUCCUGCAGCGCUUACCUGCUCUUCUACGAGCGGGUCCUCUCCAGGGUGCAGCGCCAGAGCCAGGAGUACAAGUCCGAGGAGUGACUGUCCCACCCAGAGCUGGAGCGACAGCGCCGUCCGUGUCCGGGAAAGAGGCAAGGUCGCCGCCCCCCCCCCAUUGCCCUCAGGCUUCUGGCGUGUUCUAAGAGCAGGUUCCAUGCGGGGGAGCGAGCCAGGCUCCAGAGCGGCUCUGCUCAUGCGCACUGGGAAGUGUCCCUGUGUGGGGAAAGCUUUCACUGCAGCCAGGGCGUAGGGCGUCUUUAGUCGCCCAGCCCAGGUAAUUAGAGCAAGCGGACUGCGGCAGCGCGUGGUGCUCCCGGAGGAGCCGCCUCUGUCUGCCCCCUGACCUGUCAACAGAGAUCUUUUAUGUUUAACAAGCAGGGCCCAUAGCUUGUUGGCAAGAAUUAAUGAAAUUACUAAAGGCAACAAUUUCGACGACAAAGUGCCUUUCGCCUCUGAUUGCUUCUUGUAGCACUUCCCUUCCGGAAAAGGCCCUGAGCUCAGAGCCACAGAGACCCCUGCUGAAAAGCGCCCGUCCGCCCAGGUCCUGGGAGGCCAGCAGGAGCGAGGAGCAGCCUGGAGACGCUCUCCCUUCCCUUUUGUCCGCUCUCCUACCUGCCUGCCCGUGCUCGGUGGGUGGGAAGCCUCCUGCCACGCGCGCCCGCCCACUGCGAGGCCCGGUCACUGCCCAGGGGUUCCCGUGCAGGGGAGGCGCCCACCUGGGGCUUUGCUCUUUUGUAUCCUGGACGAUGUGAUGCAGCUGCAGCCUGCAGCUAACAUAAAACCACGCCCACGGCCAGAACUGGCUAGCGGCCUUGCAGCACCCACGCCCGCUCUGCGCUGUAGACAAUUCCUGAUUGUGCCAGGAUCCCUGUGCACGGGUACUUCCGUGUCUUUAUCAUCCACUCAGAGCUCUUCAGUCGCAGGAGGCACUCGGGGCUGUGGGGAAGGACAACCCACGAAGGUUUCGCGAGCUGGAUGAGGAAGGUAGGGCUGGCGGGGGCUGCAGCUUCUCUGGACCUUUGGCCGCGAGGGGUUCGGCUCGGCGGCCACCACAAUCCGGAGCAACACACAGAGAGGAAAGCGGGUGUGAUGGCGUAGAGCACUCAGCCACGCCUCGCCUCGCCGCAUCAUUUCCUGGCCGAUGCCGAAGGAGCGCAGCCCGGGGCGCAGGGACCUCGGUGCUCGCAGUAGCCAUGUUUUACCUGGAUUUUUAAUUAAAAACAAAGUGGGGCGGGGACACCAGAUUCCGAGGACCCUCCAGAGGGACUGGGAAGCAGAGCGGACCCACCCAGAAGGUGACCUGUGGCAGGGCCAAGAACAGGGCUGCCUCUGCAGGGGCGAGCCAGCGCCCCCCUGGCCCGGGCCUCUCCAGCAGCACCGAGUGCAGACAGCCUGGGGGAACCCUGCCCCGCCCCCGCAGGGCCGGGCACGUAGCAGGGCCCGGCAUGUAGCCUCUCACUAUUGAGAGCUUCCCAGACACGGUGGCCGACUUUGACUGAGAUGUUGGGAUGGACGUGCCUGCUUUAGCCUGGACGCCUGAUCAUGUGGCCUUAAACUCACCGCGAAGUUGCAGCUGCGAGAGAUGGCCGCUGUGCCCUGGGACAGCCCCGUGGUGGGGGCCAGAGCAUCCGUAGCGUCAGGCUGUGGGCACGUGUGUGGUUAGGGGCCGGCCUGGGGCCUGGGUUGUAAGCCUGAGCCGCAGCUCUAUCUGACUUCAUUUUGUAAAUUAGUAGAUGUUCGCAGUAACCAGAUCAUCUGAUUUUGAGCCGUAAGUUAUUUAUGAAGUAAGUAGCUUCUUUCUGGAGAAAACCCUAAGUUAAGUUAAACUCGUAGUUCAUGCUGUGGUAAUUGCUGAUUUAUGUAUUUGCUAAAGGUACUUUUGUAUCUGCUGUGUAUUAUAGCAAUAAAGAAUCAUUUUGUUAGGAAAAAAACCCAGUGUGGUUCUUUCGUAACAAACAC